ACAUAAAACCCUCAAGAAUUCACCAUCACCAUCUUGUUUGUUUUUUUCUUUUUAUAUUUCAUCUCUAGUAAUUUGCUUCUCUUUCAACAGUAGUAGUAGCAAGUAGUGUCUCAUGAUGCUACAACAACAACUUGCUAACCAAUCCGGUGAUGCUGCCGAGGCUUCAUCCGCUUCGGCCGCAGCGGCUUCCGCUGCGGCCGAAGCUCCUACCGGAUUUAGUGAAGAUGAAAGAGGAAGAAUUGAAGAUGGUGGCCGAAAUUCCGGUGGAAACCGGUGGCCGAGACAAGAAACUUUGGCUUUGCUUAAAAUCCGUUCGGAUAUGGAUGUUGCUUUUCGUGAUUCAAGUCUUAAAGGUCCAUUAUGGGAUGAAGUUUCCAGGAAACUAGCCGAACUCGGCUAUCAUCGAAGUGCGAAAAAAUGCAAAGAGAAAUUCGAGAAUGUUUAUAAAUACCACAAAAGAACUAAAGAAGGCCGCACAUCAAAAGCUGAUGGUAAAACUUACAGAUUUUUUGAUCAAUUACAAGCUUUAGAAGGAAGCCCAUCGGCUAGCAGCCACUACCAUCAACAACCACCGCUAGCACUACCACCACCACCGCAACCGCCACCACCACCACCAGCACCACCACAGGUGGUGUCUAAGCCUGCACAAGUACUUUCACAAAUGUCGAAUAUUCAGAUUCCAUCGGUUGUAACUCAAUCGGGUGUAACCCCGAUUGGUAACAUGACGGUGUCGCAACCGAACAACGUGGAUCCGAUCUCGGUUGCGGCUCCCGCGGUGGCAAUGCCAACUAUUAAUCAUGUGGGAGGGUUUCCGUUUUCGCAGUUGAAUAUUUCGGCUUCGACGAAUUCGAGUUCGUCUUCGACGUCUUCGGAGGAUGAGCCGCCGGAGAGGCGGAGGAAUCGGAAGCGGAAAUGGAAGGAGUUUUUUGGGAAGUUGAUGAAGGAGGUGGUGGAUAAGCAGGAGGAGUUGCAAGCGAAGUUUCUUGACACGUUGGAGAGACGCGAGCGUGAUCGGAUGGCGAGAGAGGAGCAGUGGCGGAUGCAGGAAAUGGCGAAAAUGAAGCGCGAGCAUGAGUUGUUGGUGCAAGAACGGUCUAUGGUCGCUGCGAAAGACGCGGCGGUUAUUAGUUUUUUACAGAAAAUUACUGAGCAAAAUCCGAAUGCGGUAAUACCGCAUAUGUCCGCAAUGCAAUUGCUACAACAACAGCAACAAAACCUUCCACAAGUACCCGCACCAGUACCAGCACCAGCACCAACACCACCGCCACCACAACCGACACCACCAAUGCAGCAACAGCAACCGCAGCAACAACAACAACAGACCCCGCAGAUAGCAGUACCUGCGCCAGCGCCUGCUCCUACUCCUACUCCUGUAUCUGUAUCGGUAUCCGUACCUGCAACCGCAACACCACUACCAAUGGUAAAAUAUGUCGACAACGGCGGAGGCGGAGAGAACAUGUUACAACCGAGCCCAUCGCGAUGGCCAAAGGCCGAAAUUAACGCGCUUAUCAAUCUUCGAACAACUCUCGACACGAAAUAUCAAGAAAGCGGGCCGAAAGGGCCAUUAUGGGAGGAGAUAUCGUCGGCGAUGAGGAAGCUAGGGUACAACCGCAACGCGAAAAGGUGCAAAGAGAAGUGGGAGAACAUCAACAAGUACUACAAGAAGGUUAAGGAAAGCAGCAAGAAACGACCCGAAGAUUCGAAAACCUGCCCGUAUUUUCACCAGCUUGACGCUAUUUACCGCGAAAAAGCAAGCGGUAGUAGUAGUAAUAAUAAUUCUGGGUUUCAGGUAAAACCUGAAACCCAGAUGGCCAUAAUGGCCCGGCCGGAGCAGCAAUGGCCGCUUCCGGCCGUGGUUCAAGAACAGCAGCACCAACACCAGCACCAGCACCAACAUCACCAGCAGCACCAACAGUCGAAACCGAAUGAACCAAGAGGUGUUCAAGAUAACCAGAAUGCCGAACAAAACGACGAUGAUUACGACGAAGACGACGACGAUGACGAAGAAGAAGGUGGUGAUUACGAGAUUGUCCCAAACAAAACAUCAUCAAUGGCUACAAGUUGAAUGAUUGAAAUUUAUAGAAAAUGAAAUGGAAGAGACUGCAAGUGUGGGUCAUGAGUUGCAGAAAGGGUCCGAUUGGUACGCGGGUCGGGUUGCUGGUAAAUUAUGGUAACUUGAUACAACAAACACAUGGGGUGGGUGGGGGAGGAGGGGGUGUAAGUGUAACAUUGUAAGUUUUUUUAUAUUUACAGUAGUAUAUUGUGGUUUAUUUUAUGAUUUAUUUAUUAUUUGCAAGAAGAAUAAAAUAAUGAGGGAGAGAUAGAAUGGAAUAAUCCAAUAAAAAAGUAAUUUGUAAUUUUAUAUUUUUGUUGAUGGGGUGUAAAUGUGAGAAAUACUUGUUUUAAUUAUCUUUUAUUUUUUA